AUGAGGUGCAUCGCAUUGAUAGUGGCCACCAUUGGGGCCAUUCUCGCCGUUGGCCAUGCUGCAAGUCCACCUUCAGCGAUAGUAUAUUCCGCAGGCAACACGGCCAAAAUUCCAGGCUGGAAUUUGCAAUCAGUGCUUCAUGCCCCGAGCAACCUCGCAGAACUUUCACAACCUGGCGCCAAUGUGGCGAAUUGGUCUCGAGUCAGCUCUCGUGCAACAGUAAUGGCUGGGCUUAUUGAGACUGGCGUAUACAGCGAUAGCAACUUGUGGUUCUCCGACAACCUCAACAAGAUCGUCGAUCGUUCGGUUUUCGGCGCUCCAUGGCUCUACCGUGAAGAGUUCACGGUCAACCCCUCGGUAGAAGAACACUAUUUCCUUAUUACCCAUGGAAUAACAUCAAAGGCCGAUAUUUGGCUCAAUGGGAGAAAGCUAGCGGACAAGGAAUUCCAACAGGGCUCUUAUGGUGGUCAUAAAUAUGAGGUCUCGGACUUUCUACAACCAGGAGUUAACGCCAUUCUCAUUCAAGCUUAUGAGACAAGCUACCUGCUCGAUUCGGCAAUGGGGUUCGUCGAUUGGAAUCCAUAUCCCCCUGAUAAUGGAACUGGAGUGUGGCGUGAUGUUGAGAUCUCCCAGACUGGGCCUGUUUCCCUUGCACCGAUACGUUUUAUACAUGACUGGACGCCAGGGAAGACAUCGACAAGGAUUACUAUCAGGGUCAAUGCAACUAAUCUUGAGAGCCGUACUAUUGACGGAACACUUGCCGGCAAAAUCACACUCGGAAGCCAACAAUUAGCUCUCACCCAAACUUUCACACUCGCAGCGCACGAGGAAAAGACUGUAUCUAUGACUGGACAGAUCCGUGAUCCGCAAAUCUGGUGGCCAUGGCUUUGGGGUGACCAGCCUCUGUAUAACAUCACAGUAAUGGCCCUGGUGAAUAAUGAAUUAUCAGAUAUCGCCGAGCCUCGUCGUGUCGGCAUCCGCUACAUCCAAUCCGGACUAAAUAGCCAUGGAGACCGUACGUUCAGCGUCAACGGACUGCGGUUUCUUCCUCUUGGAGGAGGUUAUAGUCCAGAUAUGUUUAUGCGAUGGGAUACAGAAUACGUGAAAAAAAAGUUUGAGCUGAUGAUUGAUAUGGGAAUGAACACCGUGCGGCUAGAAGGCAAGCAAGAGCAUCCGGAGCUUUUCGACCUAGCAGACGAGAUGGGUCUCAUGAUCAUGUCUGGGUGGGAGUGCUGUGACUGGUGGGAGGGAUGGACAUACAACGAAGAUGUUCCUGACUAUGUUCGAUUCACGGAUCAUGACUAUCUGAUUGCAAAUUACUCAAUGCUACAUGAAGCUUCGAUGAUGCAGACCCAUCCUAGUAUUCUUGCAUUUCUGGUAGGCUCGGACUAUUGGCCUGACGACAGAGCUGCAUCAAUAUACGUCAACGCCUUAAAGUCUUGGGAUUGGCCGAAUCCCGUCAUAGCAUCGGCGGGAGAGUUAGGGUUUCCGGAUAUUCUAGGAUCUUCAGGGAUGAAAAUGGAUGGACCUUACGAUUAUGUUCCGCCUAAUUAUUGGUAUGGAGAUCAAGUGGGAGCGGCAUUUGGUUUUGGGUCAGAAGAAGGACCGGGUGUUGGUACUCCAGAAAUUCGUAGUCUGAAGAAUUUCCUGUCGGACGUCGAUUUGAAUGAUUUGUGGACGCAGCCUACUAAAGGGUUGUUUCACAUGUCCAGUGAUGUGUCGUCAUUCUAUGAUCGAUCCGUUUAUAACAACGCUUUGUGGAAUCGAUAUGGUUCGCCGAAAAGCCUGGAUGAUUACCUUCUCAAAGCUCAGAUGAUGGAUUACGAAGCGACACGUGCCGAAUUUGAAGGGUUUACAUCCCUUCAGGAUGCCUCCAGACCCUCAACUGGAGUGAUCUACUGGAUGAUGAAUAGUGCCUGGCCAAAUCUUCACUGGCAACUCUUUGAUUAUUAUUUGAAUCCUGCAGGCUCGUAUUUUGGAUCCAAGGUUGGAGCCCGCCCGGAACACAUAUCGUUCAGUUAUGACAAUGGCACGGUCUACAUUAUCAACCGGUUCAACUUUCUUGGGAAAGGAGAAAGUGCUUCCCGUUGGGUGGCUAUUGAUCUCAUUGAUACAGCUGGUAGAAGUCUGUAUCAUCAGACGCUCAAAGUAAAUACAAUGCCGAACCACUCCCAACAGAUUGCCAAUAUUGCCCAUGCAAUCAGCAAGAUCAAAGACGUGGCAUUCUUGCGUCUUAUUCUUUCGUCUGAUCCAAAGAGCGAUAAGGUACUGAGCCGGAAUGUAUACUGGCUUGCAUCUCAAAAUGAUGUUUUGAAUUGGAACGAAUCAACUUGGUUUUAUACUCCUAUUUCUACAUACGCCGAUUAUUCUUCUUUACAGAAUUUGUCUGGAGCGAAUGUCGUGACGACCGUCAAACGAGAUUCCUCGGCCGAAUCAACAACCACAUUAUGGGUGCAUCUAGAAAACAAGUCUGAUGUCACUGCAUUCUUUAUUCGCUUGGUUCUUAUCGACUCAGAGACAGAUAAGAGCAUCGAUCCGCCUUUUUGGUCCGACAACUACGUAACCCUAUUUCCACAUGAGUCGCUCGACCUGACUGUAUCAUUCAAGUCAUUGCUGUCGGCUAGUCCUGCCAUUGAAGUGUCAGGUGGAAACCUUGCUAAACAAGUAAAUGUGUAUAUGAUACGUCUCAAUUAUUACAAACUACACUCAGUGUCAAAACAGUUGAGGUGCACUAUGAAAAUUUGUACCGAACUUUUGUAUCAACCAUUGACUCUUCUCGAUUGCCUUCAUACGUUUUGCGGCUCGUGUCUCAAAGAAUGGUUCUCGUGGCAAGCGGUUCGACCGCGAUCGUCCGGAUCGGCGUCACGAUUCACGUGCCCAGCAUGUAGAGCUGCUGUUCGUGCAACGAGGCCAAAUGCGACGGUGACGACGUUGUUGGAUAUGGUUUUGGUAGCGAACCCUGAGCGUGAUAGGACGGCGGAGGAAAAAGAAGUGAUUGCGAAGAAAUAUAAACCAGGUGAUCAAGUACUUGUAUCGCCAGGUGGUUCUGAUGCUGAAUCGGAUGGGGAUGAUCGACGACUACUCGCGGAGGGUGCGAAUGGUCAUAGGAGGAGAACGUCAGCGAGCCAUUCGGCGGAUGGUCGUCGGCAAAGAAGUGCAGAUAAUCGGGAUCAUCACCAUCACAAUGUAGCUAGGAAUGGUGCUCGGGCGGGAGCUGCCACCGGCACCACCAAUAAUGAACCCACGAGACGGAUCGAGCACCAGUCGAGCUUACGGUCUUUGCUAAGUGCAUCGGAUGUCGAAGACAAUACCCAAGAAGAAAUCGUUCGCUUGAUAAUGGAGGAAGGCUUGUUGGAUGGGAUUGAUUUAAGUGGUCUGGAUCAAAGUCAAGAGGAGGAGCUUAGCGAUCGACUUGUGCAGAUAUUCCUCAGCAGGCAUCCUGAUCGAUCACGCCAACCGCGGAGGAGUAGCGAUCAGACGGAAAGGACAAGAGCACCAGAGCAUCGCCGGUCUCGGUCGCAGACAUUGCAAAGUCAACCCCAGAAUUCCAAUCAGGCUGAAACCACCUCUCGGCAUCCGCCUGUGUCAAGGCCACAUCUGCUAGGGGUAUCGUCGGAUCAACAUAAUCACCGCCGAAGGGCUUCUGAUGAGACUCGACGACGUAGGACGUCGCCAACGCCUGUGGCUCCUGCUUCUACAUCUGAGACUGCGUUGAGACCAGCGUUGCGGUCAUCCAGUGACAUUUCGAGCCAAAGACCCCGUGCUUCUCCAUCGCGGCCGAGAACCAGAGAAUCAUCAACGGCUUCUGUAACGAGACGCUCAACUGAACCAGAAGGGCGUGCUUCUGACGUAUGGGCAGGAGUCACUGCGUCACAGCAAAAUGUUGCCUCUAGACAGGCGGUAGCCUCUGCUUUAACGAACAGACCUUGGGCUACUAUUCCGACAGAGCGCACUUUUUCAGCUUCAACUAGCUCACUACCAGGAGUUUCGACAAGUGAUGCCCAGUCUCCUACUAGCAAUGUGCAGUCAUCGAGUCGUCGUAGUACGGCGACAAGAUCUGGACCCGGGAGGCAGACCGUAAACAGAGUUCCUUCAACGCACUACGCUGAACCUUCGAUAUCAUGUGAACGAUGCGGGAAGACGGACAUUCAGUACGAGCUGCACAAGCGCUGUCUCAAGUGUAAAGACGGGAAUUAUCAUGUAUGUUUACGUUGCUAUCGUGUCGGCCAGGGCUGUCUGCAUUACUACGGCGUGGGCAGCAUUGGCGAGAUGAACUUUAACAAAGCGCAUCACCCUGCUCUUCGAUCAACCGUUGAAAUACCGCAUACUAUGAAAUCACAGCGUUAUCGACGGCCAAAGGAAGGCUCGUCGCGGGUUACGUCCGAUGGGAAGCAAAUGACGGAUGACAAUCCAUCCAGCAGAUUGCAGGAAGGGAUGUUCUGCGAUGUAUGCCACUCCGUUGCGAAUGGAUGUUUCUGGCAAUGCGACGAGUGUAAUGAGUCUGAAUGGGGCUAUUGUCGGCGUUGUGUGAAUCAAGGGCGCUGUUGCAAUCAUCCAUUGUUGCCCAUUCGCCGUACAUCAUCCGAAUCUCCGGCCACAUCUCCAACCGACGUUACUCCAUUGGGACCUAUCACUCCUCCGGUCUCGAUACAAAAGGGGCCUGCGGGGCAGGCUACAUAUCAAGUUUUGUCAUUUUCAACCGAGUGCGAUAUUUGUAAAUACCCCAUCGCCCCAUCGUCCACUCGCUUUCACUGUCUGCAAUGCAACGAAGGCGACUACGACGUCUGCACAAACUGCUACCUGAAACUAGUGGUAUCCGGCAAAAUCAGCAAAGAAAACGGACACAGCGGUUGGCGUCGCUGUCUAAAAGGCCAUCGCAUGAUUGUCGUAGGAUACGAAGACCAUGAAAAAGGGCAGCGACGAGUCAUUGUUCGCGAUAUUGUAGGCGGCUACACACUCAAAGACGAGCAGGUCAACAACCAACCCCCUUCAUCAUCUUCGGCGUCCAUCGCCUCGCCCGAACUCGGCACGGGAGACUGGUCCUGGAAAGAAGGCAACACAAAGCGCAAAAAGGCCGGUCGUGCGCGUACUUCUCACGUCAACGCACUAGAGUCGGGUUCACCAUCGUCCCCAUCCUCGCAAACGGCUACGCCAACACCAACACCAACAACAUCUCCACCUGAUCGUCGCACUGCAAACACAAUCCCACCGGAUGGCGGUUACGGCCUCAUCCUCAGCGCAAACUGGUCUUAUUUCGCCGAGGAGUCCUGCACGGAUGAGCUAUCCUUCCCUCGUGGCGCGGAGAUCACGGAAGCAGAGAAUAUAAACGAUGAGUGGUACUGGGGGUAUUAUGCGGGAAGAACGGGACUGUUUCCUGGGGCGUAUUGUUCGAUGGUCAGGGAGGUUGUCUGA